AGAGUUUAAAAGUAGCGUUGUGAAAAGGGGACGAAGUGACGAGCAGAGAAACCAACUCCAGGACUUCUGGAAACUCAAAACGUCACUCCUCUCCUGGACCGUGCAGUCAGCAUGACGGAAAAACCUCCACUGGACAGUAACGAGAAUCGAGCCUGGCUGAGUGAGGCUCAGUCUGAAACUCGGCUUACAACUGGGCACGUUCCAGAUGGAGUUGACACAUGCGAUGCCGACCGACCAGCAUGGGACUCCAAGAUCCAGUAUGUGUUGGCACAGGUGGGGUUCAGUGUGGGCCUCGGCAAUGUGUGGAGGUUCCCAUACCUUUGCCACCAAAAUGGAGGAGGGGCCUUCAUGCUGCUGUGUUUUCUUUUAGUAGUUGUGGGAGUUCCACUGUUUUUCAUGGAGUUGGCAGCUGGCCAAAGCAUUCGCCAAGCAGCAUCGGUUGUAUGGAAGCACAUCUCCAAAGCUGCAGGGAUCGGUUACUGCCACUGCAUUGUCUGUUUUUACGUGGCUCUUUACUACAAUGUUAUUAUUGCAUGGAGCCUGUUCUACCUGGGUAAUUCUUUCCAGUAUCCUCUGCCAUGGGAGCACUGUCCAAUUAAUAUGACCACCAAUGACACAGUGAAAGAAUGUGCAGGUUCUUCCCCAACGUCGUAUUUCUGGUUUCGGAAAGCUCUCACUCACAAUUCUAUCAAAGAAUCGGGAGAGUUUAACCUCAUCAUGACGGGCUGUUUAUUGGCGGCUUGGGCAAUUGUCUCCUUGGCUAUGAUCAAGGGCAUUAAGUCUUCUGCAAAGGUGAUGUACUUUUCCUCAGUCUUCCCCUAUGUGGUGCUCUUUAUUUUCCUCAUCAGAGGGUUGAUGUUAGACGGUGCGAUGGAAGGAAUCACCUUCUUGUUUUAUCCUAAACUGGAAAUCUGGGGUAAUGUGCAGGUGUGGCGCCAGGCUGCUACACAAGUGUUUUUUGCCCUCGGACUUGGCUAUGGCUCUGUUAUCGCAUAUUCCUCCUACAAUCCAGUCCACAACAACUGCCACAGGGACGCGCUGAUGGUCUCCGGCAUCAACUUCAUGACGUCUGUGCUGGCCUCGCUGGUGGUUUUCGUUGUGCUGGGUUUCCGUGCCAAGAACAUUGCACUACGCUGCGUGGCUAAAAAUCUUGGUCUUCUGAGCCUGUGGUCGUCCUAUCAAUCUAACCAGCACUCGGAUGGCCUUGGAUGGCCUUGGAUCAACAUGACAGAUCCAAGCUCUGUGUCUUUAGCUGAAUACAGAGAGUGGUACAGUCUCCACGGCUCAACGGUGGGUCCUAACAUCACUGACUGCAGCCUGGAAGAGGAGAUGAAUAAGGGUAUUGAAGGGACAGGCCUGGCAUUCAUAGCAUUCACUGAGGUGAUGGCACUUUUUCCUGCCAGCCCCUUCUGGUCCACACUGUUUUUCCUAAUGCUGCUCAACCUGGGCCUCAGCACCAUGUUUGGGACCAUGCAGGGAAUCCUCACACCUCUCAUGGACAAUUUUAGCUUCUUGGGCCGCCACCGGACACUACUCACUGUGUUCAGCUGUGCGUUGGGGUUCUUAAUAGGACUUUUGUUCACUCAGCGCUCAGGCAACUAUUUUGUGACUAUGUUCGACGACUACUCUGCAACUCUACCAUUAGUCAUUGUUGUAAUCUUUGAAACUAUUAGUGUGGCGUGGGUUUAUGGAACAGAGCGCUUCCUGGAUGACAUUGAAGUCAUGCUCAAAUGGCGCCCUCCAGUGGUGUACAAAUAUCUUUGGAAAUAUGUUUGUUUGCUGUCGAUGGUUGGUCUUCUGGCUGCAAGUUUGUUGCGUAUGGUCUUCAAAAGGCCCACAUACACUGCCUGGAAUCAAGACACGGCCUCUGAGAUGACUCUUGAGUACCCUGGUUGGGCUCUUGGUAUGAUUAUCAUGUUGAUAAUCUUUGCCAGCUUGCCCGUGCCUAUUGGCUACAUCUAUACCGCACUAAAAAAUCACAAGGCCUCUAACACUCGCUCCGAGGAGCGUAGCGGCCAAGAGAUGCACCGUAAGUUGUACACCAAGUGCAGCUCUGCUGAGCAGCUGGAUUCCCACCACAGAGACCCCACUGAGGAAGACGAGGCUCAACCCAGGACUGCUUUCCUGCCGAUGGGCAGCGAACACUACCAGCUCCUGUCCCAGCAGGAGGAGGAAGAUGAUGAUGAUGAACAAGAUACAGGGGUUUGAGCAUGGCUGUGUGAGGAUGUAAUGUUUACAUGUUGAACUUCAGAGUGCAUAAGUAAGACCCUGCAAGAGAGAUUGCAAAGUGAUGGGAGGUCAGUCAUAAACUUCUUCAUAUUCUUAAUCUGAGCAAGAGUCGUGGGUUUGCACCCAUUUAUCGUAUUCAGCAAAGUCUCCAUUGUUGACAAGCCAACGUCAUUUUUCUAUCAAAAGCUUUUUAGAUGAUGUCUCCAGUUAUGAAAAUACAACUCCUCCCUUCAUUCAUUUUCUGAACCACUCCCAUUGUUCAGACAAUAAAAGCACUCGCAGAUACGUCAAAAAGGAACAAGCUGCUAUAUUUGAUGAAACAAAUCAUUUCUUGAAGGUUUUAGAGGAGGAAAGUGACAAGCCGUUGUCUUUGUUUUCUGCCAGCCUUUUUCAUACGUUUGACGUUGAAUUGACGAAGACAGCAAUGGACAAAAAUAGGCUUUGAGUAUUUUUAGCUAAAUGCCAAGUAUGAAUUUGCAUGAAAACAUUCUACCUGAGCAACUGUGGUGCAUGUGUGCGUGCGUGUACGAGAAUUAAUGAAUGAAUGUGUGUUUGACCAUUUACGUGCAUUUCUGAUGUAAAUCUGUGUGGAUGUAAAAUCACAGAUGUUAAUAUGUCAGUAAAAUUACUUUAUUUUACAUUAUAUCUGUAUCAUUUUACCUCAUGAGCCCACAGCAAUGUUUUUAAAUGUCAACGUGCUAAUGUCAAUGUGCUCCGUGUAGCAGAAUUGUACUGUAUGAAGACUUUAAAUAAACCUCUAGAUGGCAGCAA